AUGGGUAUUCCUAAGUUCUUCAGAUUCAUUUCUGAAAGAUGGCCACUCAUUUCUCAAUUGAUUGAUGGUAAUCAGAUACCAGAAUUUGAUAAUCUUUAUUUGGAUAUGAAUUCAAUUUUACAUACAUGUACACGUCCAAAAGAUGAAGAUGUUACCAAAAGAUUAUCUGAAGAAGAAGUUUUCAGUGCUAUAUUUGCAUACAUUGACCAUUUGUUUGAUACAAUAAAACCAAAAGAAGUGUUUUAUAUGGCAAUUGAUGGUGUUGCUCCAAGAGCUAAAAUGAAUCAACAAAGAGCAAGAAGAUUUAGAACAGCUGUUGAUGCUGAAAAAAAUUUAGAAAAAGCAAUAAAAGAAGGAACAGAGAUUCCUAAAGAUGAACCAUUCGAUUCAAAUUCUAUUACUCCAGGUACAGAAUUUAUGGCAAAAUUAACUAGAUAUUUGAAAUAUUUUAUUCAUAAAAAAGUUUCUACAGAUUCAAGAUGGCAAAAUGUUCAAAUUAUACUUUCAGGUCAUGAAGUCCCAGGUGAAGGUGAACAUAAAAUUAUGGAAUUUAUUAGAACUAAAAAAGCUUCUAAGGAUUAUAAUCCUAAUUUACGUCAUUGUAUCUAUGGGUUAGAUGCUGAUUUAAUUAUGUUGGGUUUGGUAAGUCAUGAACCACAUUUUGCUCUUUUAAGAGAAGAAGUUACUUUUGGUAGAAGACAAACACAACCGAAAACAGUUGAAGAACAAAAAUUCUAUUUAUUGCAUUUAAGUCUUGUUAGAGAAUAUUUAGAAUUAGAAUUUCAAGAUUUAAAAGAAACAAUCAGUUUUGAUUAUGAUUUUGAAAGAGUCUUGGAUGAUUUUAUUUUAAUUAUGUAUGUGAUUGGUAAUGAUUUCUUACCAAAUUUACCAGAUUUACAUUUAAACAAAGGUGCAUUCCCAUUAUUAAUCGAAACAUUUAAAGAAGCUUUAAGAAAUUUGGAUGGUUAUAUUAAUGAAUUUGGUAAAAUCAACUUGAAAAGAUUAGGUUCAUGGUUAGACAUUUUAUCUAAAUUUGAAGUUGAAAAUUUUGAACAAGUUGAAGUUGAUUUAGAAUGGUUUAAUAAGCAAUUAGAAAAUAUCUCUUUAACCGGUGAAAAGAAAAGACAAAGACAAGGUAAAUUACUUAUCAUGAAACAACAAAAAAAACUUGUUGGUAUUAUCAAACCUUGGUUAAUUAAAACAGUCUCUGUGAAACCAAAUGGACCAGUUGAAGAUGAACAAAUCCCAAGUAUUAAUCUUCCAGUUGAUGUUGUUGAAAAUAAUUUAGAUUUCCUAAAAGACUUUGCAUUUGAUACAGGUUUGAUUAUAAUUCAUUCUAAAAAUGAAAACACUUACUCAGUCAAAUUAGAUAUUGAUGGUAUUGAUCCACAUGAAACUGAAGAAGAAUUCAAUGAAAGAGUUAAUGAUACUCGUCGUAUUAUCAAAAGAUACGAAGCUGCUAUUAUCUUGGAUGCUGAAGGUGAAGAUGUUGCAGAAGAAAGACAAGUGAUUUACAAUGAAAAAUUUGAAAACUGGAAGGAUAAUUAUUACAAGGAAAAGUUAGAAUUCAGCAUCAAAGAUGAAGAUAAAUUGAGAGAAUUGACCGAAAAUUAUGUUGAAGGUUUACAAUGGGUUCUGUUCUAUUACUACAAAGGUGUUCAAUCAUGGCCAUGGUAUUAUAGAUAUCAUUAUGCACCAAGAAUUUCUGAUAUCAAGAAAGGUUUAGAUGUGAUUAUCAAUUUAGAAAAAGGUACACCAUUCCGUCCUUUUGAACAAUUGAUGGCUGUUUUACCUGCAAGAUCUCGUCAAUUGGUUCCUGCUGUAUAUAGACCAUUGAUGACUGAACCAAACUCACCAAUUAUUGACUUUUAUCCAAGUGAUGUUGAAACCGAUAUGAAUGGUAAGACAGCUGAAUGGGAAGCUGUUGUCAAAUUAUCAUUUGUUGAUCCAGAUAGAUUAAAGGAUGCUAUGAAACCACAUAAUGCAGAAUUAACUCCAGAAGAAAAACAAAGAAAUUCAUUUGGCUCAGAUAUAUUAUUCACUUUUAAUCCUCAAAUUGAUGAAGUUUAUAAAUCACCAUUGACUGGUGUUUUCACUGAUAUCGAAAACAAUCACUGUUUCGAGAGAGGAUUUCAUUUACCACCUGUCAAUGAUUCCGAUGUUAUUACAGGUCUUUGUGAAGGUGUGUUUUUAGGUAAUCAAGCAUUGGCUGGUUUCCCAACUUUACGUUCAAUUCCUUUUGAAAAUGAACUGAAAGCUGCUGGUUUAUAUAUUUUCAAUCAACCAUCUAGAUCUACUUCAAUGAUUUUGUCACAUACUGAUAUUCAUCAAGGUUUAACAGUUGAACAGUUUGCUAAGAGAUUUGUUGGAAAGGUCGUUUACACUAAAUAUCCAUAUUUAAGAGAAUCUAAAGUUGUUUCUAUUCAAGAUGGUGAAUUUGAUUACUUUCUGGUUAAAAAGGAAAAAGGUUAUAAAGUUACAUCUAGACCAAUGGACCCAGAAGAUGUGAAGCAAUACAAAGCAACUAAGGCUAAUUUUAUAAGAUCAUUUUUAUCAACUAAAGGUAUUGAAUUGAAAGAUGUACGUGCUUUGGUCAAGGUUCUACCAGUUUCUGGAUUGAAACGUACAACAAGUGGUGCAUACGUUAAAUCAUAUGCUAAAGAAGAAGAGCUUUAUCCAUUAGAACUCGUUGUUGAAAAUGUUAAAAAUAAAGAUGAAAGAUUUACAGAAAGACCACCAGUACCAAUAAAUGAAGAAUUUCCAAUAGACUCUAAAGUUAUAUUUUUGGGUGCUUAUGCUUAUGGUGGUGAAGCUACAGUUACUGGCUACCACUCUACUACUCGUUUAGAUUUAAGUGUGGUUAAGAAGUCAAUCAAAGAUGAACCAACCAUUGGUACUUCAAAGGCUGCUUUAGAGAAAAGAAGUAUGCAGUAUUAUCCAUCUUAUGAAGUUGCUAGAAUGUUGAAUUUACAAGGGUUAUUCCUUUCAAAGAUCACAUCAUCAUUUUUAAUCGAAGGUUCUAAAGGUCAACGUAUUUUCAUUGGUCUUGACUUGAAAUUCGAAGCUAGAAGAGAAAAGGUCUUGGGAUUCACUAGAAAGAGUGAAAGAGGCUGGGAAUUCAGUUCUUUAGCAAUCCAAUUGAUAACUGAUUACAGAAGACAAUUUCCAGAUGUUUUCAAUGCCAUCUCAAAGUUGGCCAGCAAGAAGAAUAUCAAUGUUGCUGAUGUUUUUGGUAACAAAGACUCAAAAGCUGUUGAUGAAAGAUUGAAGUCUUUAGCUGAUUGGUUGAAAGUUCAGAAAUCAAGUUUCAUUAGAGUAACUCUGGAGUCUGACUCUUUAUCAACUAAGAGUAUUCAAGAAAUUGAAAAUCAAAUUGAACUUUAUGCAGUUCAAGAUGAUAAAGAAGAACAUAAAAAGUUAGCUGGUGUCCCAAGAGAUGCUGUGUUGGACCCAAGUGUUUCUUUUGAUAAAUUGAAAGCACAAGCAUUCAAACUUGGUGAUAGAGUGGUCUAUGUUCAUGAUUCUGGUAAAGUUCCAUUAUUCUCUAAAGGUACAGUUAUUGCUUAUCAAAGUUUAGGAUCAAAUGUUACACUACAAGUCUUAUUUGAUAAACCAUUGAUUGGUGGUAAUAAAUUUGAUGGAAGACUUAGAACAAACCGUGCAUUGAACGUUGAUUCUUCUUUAGUUUUGAACAUUAGCAAUAAACAAUAUAUUUAUCAUUCAAAGGCAUCAUCUACCAAAACUGCAAAGAAUGGUGCAAAGACUUCAAAACCAACAUCAGGUGGCCAAACAGCUUCCAAUAAAGCAACUAAUGGUGACAACAAGAAAAAACCUGUUUCACAAAAGACCAUCAAAAGCUCUGAAGAAAAGAAACCUGUUCAAAAGAAAGACAAUGAACUUCUCUCAACACUUAAAGGUGGUCAAGAUCAAAAAGAAACCUCCAAUGAGAAAUCAAAUAAAGCUGAAUCUAAGAAAGGUAAUGAACUUUUAUCAUUACUGAAAGGAAAAAAACAAAAUGGAGAUGAUUCAACUGAUAAUGAGUCUGAAGCUCAAGAUAAUCAACAUCAUGGUUAUAACUCUAAAAAUUUACAAGCCCAUAUAUUGCAUCAAUUAAACACUUUCCCUCAAGGCUCUGGUCCUGCUCCUAUUCCAGCUGCAUUUCCACCAGGCUUCAUUCCACCAUUCCCAGGUGCAAUUCCACCACCUCCCGGUGCUUUUAAUCCACAAUUCCCAUUUGGUGGACCAAUUCCUCCUCCUCAAGGGUUUGCCCCAUUCCCACCUGGUGUUUUUCCUGCACCACCACCUCAAGGUCAACAACAAUUUGGUGGUUCAAACAUAAAUCCAUCUCAUCAACAACAAGAAUCAGCACCAUCAAAUGAAAAACAAUAUUCUCAAAAACCUGAUUCAAGAUCCCAAAGAGGUAGAGGUGGACAAAGAGGUAGAGGAAACCAAUCAGGUCGUGGUAAUCGUGGUGCUCGUGGUGGUAAUCGCGGUCGUGGUAACCAUUCAAAUGGAAAUUCUAAGAACAAUGGUUCUGCUGAAUCUGAAAAUAAAGAUUGA